ACGGCGGCCACACAGCAGCCGGACGCGGCGACCCAGCUGGUGCCCGCCGUCAGCUGGCGGCGGCCUGAUGGACCACACUGAGUUCCGGAGGCGGGGCCGCCAGAUGGUGGACUACAUCGCCGACUACAUGGAGACCCUGCAUCUGCGCCGGGUCACGCCAGACAUCGAGCCAGGAUACCUGCGGGAUCUGAUACCUUACGAUCCACCAGAGCAGAGCGACACCUGGGAAGGAAUCAUGAAAGAUCUGGAGAAGAAGAUCAUGCCUGGGAUGGUGCACUGGCAGCACCCGCAGUUCCACGCCUACUUCCCGGCCGGCAACUCGUACCCCUCGAUCCUGGCCGACAUGCUGUCUGGGCUCUGCGUCGGCUUCUCUUGGGCAGCCAGUCCGGCCUGCACAGAGCUGGAGACCAUUGUGCUCGACUGGCUGGGAAAGAUGAUUGGUCUGCCCGACCAGUUCCUCUCCUUCACCGAGCACAGCAUGGGAGGCGGGGUCAUACAGACGUCAGCCAGCGAGUGCGUGCUGGUGUCGUUGCUGGCGGCACGCGCCCAGGCCAUCCGCCAGCUGAAGAAACAGCACCCGGCGGUGGAGGAGGGCGUGCUGCUCUCCAAGCUGAUGGCCUACUGCUCCAAAGAGGCGCACAGCUGCGUGGAGAAGGCGGCCAUGAUCAGCUUCGUCAAGCUGAGGAUUCUGGAGCCGGACGAGCGCUUCAGUCUGCGGGGCGCCACGCUCAAACAGGCGAUGGACGAGGACCGCGCCGUGGGUCUGGUGCCGUUCUUCGUGUCCACCACGCUGGGUACCACCUCGUGCUGCUCGUUCGACCAGCUGGACGAAGUGGGGCCUGUGUGCAAGGCGGCUGGUGUUUGGCUACAUGUGGACUCGGCCUACGCCGGCAACGCCUUCAUCUGCCCCGAGUUCAAGCCGCUGAUGAAGGGCAUCGAGUACGCGAUGUCAUUCAAUAUGAACCCAAACAAGUGGAUGCUGGUAAACUUUGACUGCUCCACUAUGUGGGUGAGGGAUCGCUUCAAGCUGACCCAGGCCCUGGUGGUGGACCCACUCUAUCUACAGCACAACUACUCGGACAAGUCCAUCGACUACAGGCACUGGGGCAUCCCUCUGAGCCGCCGGUUCCGUUCGCUCAAGCUGUGGUUCGUGAUACGGAGUCACGGCGUGGAGGGCCUGAGGCGUUACAUCCGCGAGCACGUGCGCCUGGCCAAGCGCUUCCAGGGCUACGUGGAGCGCCACCCCAAGUUUGAGCUCAUGAACGAGGUCAAGCUGGGUCUGGUCUGCUUCCGCCUCAAGGGUUCAAAUGCGCUGAAUCAGAAGCUUCUGACCAACAUCAACGCCUCCGGCAAGCUGCACAUGGUGCCGGCCUCCCUCAACGACAUCUUCGUCAUCCGCUUCUGCGUCUGCGCGCAGAACGCCACGGACAAGGAUAUCUUGUACGCCUGGACGGUGAUCACCAAGUUUGCAGAGGAUCUUCUGGCAGAGGAGAAGCUCCUGCCGGACGGCGCGCUUGGAGAGGCGCUGGUCGAUGUGAAGACCAACGGCCCUGAGCAGAUCUACACCGACCUGGCCAAGAAGAGCCGCGAUGCGCUCAAGCAUAAACGGUCGUUCUUCGUGCGCAUGGUGUCCGACCCGAAGCUGUACAACCCGAAGAUCGUCAAGACGCUGCCGCGGACGGACACGAACGGCACCGACUCGGACAGCGAGCCGGCCGCCGCCGUCCGCAGUCCCAGCCUGCGCACGCUCAGCGAGUCGGCCGUGCUGAAGCUGCCGUCGCCGGUGCUGGAGCACCAGCCACCCGGCGCAGAGGGCGAGGUGUGA